AUGGUCUUUCAGCUGAUGAAAUCAUAUAACUAUGAUGAGGCUAAUGCUGAUGCAGAAUAUAUGGAAAAUGGCGAUGUAGUGAUGGCAAAAGUAAUGAAUGCAAUUGGUGAGAAAGGUCGGGAACAAGUAAUGAAUGCUUUGGAUGACUAUGAUCUUCAAAAAUUAACGGAUUGUAGAGAAAGUGAGUGUGGAAUGGCUGAUUUCAUGAAUGCACUGAAUGAGGAACAUGCAUUGGAAAUUAUUAAUGCUUUGAAUGCAGAAGAAAUUGGGAAAUUAAUGGCACUUCCUUAUAAUCAACCUGUCUCUGGUGGUCUCCGACCUGGGAUGUCUGUAUACGUGCAAGGUGCAGUACUCAGACAUCCAAAAAGAUUUGAGGUGAACUUUGCCUGUGGCCAACAUGAUGGGGCCAACAUUGCCUUCCAGUUCAAGGUUUACUUUAAUUGGCAGAAAAUUGUGCUCAACACAUUUCAGGUUGGCAGGUGGGGACAUGAAGAGCAUCAUGAGAUCCCUUUCAAAAAUGAUGAGGAUUUUGAGGUCAUCUUCAUUGUCAAUGAGGCCAAAUACAAGGUUGGUACAAGAACAGAAGCUACUUUGGGACUAUCAUUCAAUGUGGAUUUUGCAGGUGGCCAGCAUAACAGGGUCGACAUUCCCCUCCAUUUUAACCCUCGUUUUAAUCAGAAGAAAGUUGUGCUUAACACGUUUCAGUCUGGCAGGUGGGGACGUGAAGAGGGUCAUCAGAUGCCCUUCCAAAAGAGCGAGCCGUUUGAGCUCAUCUUCAAUGUCACUGAGGCUGGAUACCAGAUCCUGGUGAACAAGACACCCUUCUGUACCUACAAGCAUAGAAUCCCACCACAAAGCGUGAAGGCCAUCUACGUGAAGGGAGAUAUGGAGCUGAACUCUCUGAAUGUGACAGAACCAACAAUGAACAUGUCAAUUGGAGAAAAGAUAAUACCUAUUAUCAAGAAAGCUAAUGAUGGCAAAGGACUGUCUAAAUUGAUGAGUAUAUUCACUGAUGAUUCAGAUGGAAAAAUGACUCUCCCUUACCACCAUCCUGUCCCCGGUGGACUCCGUCCUGGGAUGUUUGUAUAUGUACAAGGCACAGUGCCCAAAGACUGCAAGAGUUCCUGGGUGAACUUCAAUGUGGAUUUUGCAUGUGGCCAGCAUAACGGGGUCGACAUUCCCCUCCAUUUCAACCCUCGUUUUAAUGUGAAGAAAGUUGCACUUAACACGUUUCAGUCUGGCAGGUGGGGACGUGAAGAGGGUCAUCAGAUGCCCUUCCAAAAGGGCGAGCAUUUUGAGCUCAUCUUCAAUGUCACUGAGGCUGGAUACCAGAUCCUGGUGAACAAGAAGCCCUUCUGUACCUACAAGCAUAAAAUUCCACCACAAAGCGUGAAGGCCAUCCAUGUGAGGGGAGAUCUGGAGCUGAACUCUCUGAAUGUGACAGAACCAACAGUGCAGAACAUGAUUCCACAAAUCAGAAUUUCUCAACCUGGCAGUUUUAAGAUAUGUGGCCUCAACUCCCUGAACAGCCUAGGAGAGACCUGUACAUCUUUGUUAACAAACCACACACAACCAGGAAUUGUGCCUGAACAAGGCAACCUGCCUCUUCAAUCAGAAGAUUACAAGUCUGUCACAUGUGCUUUCUCCACUGAAAAGCCAGACUCUGAGACAUGGAAUGGGGACCUUCUGUGA